CCUCCUUCUCCUCCUCAACUCCUCAUCCGCAACAAACUAUGGUGAUCGCCCAGGGCAACUCAGGAAGUCCGCUUUCAGCUCCUAUGCAUACAAAGGCUACCUUCACACCAACGAUCUCGAGAUGUGGUCCAAGGAAGACAUACGUCGCAAGAGCCAUCUUGAGCCAUACACUCUCGUUCAGAUCGGCUCGCGCGAAGCUCACAAACUACAUGAGACUGACGUGACCAACAAGAAGAAAGACAAGCUGCUUUCAAGGUCGGGGUCGCUCUCUCGUUCUCGCUCCAGGAGCAAGUCCAAGUCUCCCAGCGCCGUCGUAGCUAGCACCAAGGAGAAGCUCAGAGCAUACCUCACGGAUCCUUCCAGGACGUCUUGGGAUUACCUGAGGAUUCUCCGCUUUUCAUUUCCUGGCAUGACGCUCGCUAAGGAGGAGAAGGCUCCUCCUGGGAUGUGGACGGCCAACUCGCGACCCCUCUCGCUCCUCCCAGAGAAGCGUCAUGAAAGACGUCUCAAGAGACGUGCCAAGGUUGCAGCACUGAAGGAGUUGAAUGCCAAGCAACGCAAGGCAGACACCCCCGAGCAAAAAGCAAGAGACGCAUUGAUCGCCAAACUUCAGAGGAAGCUUCACAGGAGGAAGUAGACUGAUGCCCGUGGAGACAAGACGUAGCACUUUAAUGCUUUAGCUCGUUUAUAUUUCGUUAGAAAGACAGGG